AUGAACGGCCGCGUCCACCCCUACGCCCUUGCCUGGGAGGUUAAGCAGCGCGACGGCCUAGAGUCUGAAACUGGCGACACCCUUAUCUACACCAUGCCCGCCCUCGUCGUCCGCGACCAGGGUUACCAGCCCAUCCUCCCUAGACUCUUCGCCUCUAUGGAUAACUUCCCUUGCAUCCCGCCUAUCGUUUCCUUCACCGGCUUCAUCCUUGGCCCGGGUCACUCCCUGCUACGACAAGACCUUCUGCCAGACCUAGACGCCGCCCAGCUAAAUUGCUGCGGCUUCGUCCAGCUCUCUACGUAUCUAGCUCCUGGCAUUCCCGACAAGAUCCCUUUCAGAGGCUUCCACCAAUUCGAGGUCUUCGUUAUCUUCCCCAUUCACGCUAACCCCUGGGCUAUACUAUGUAAGAAGAUGGCCGAGAGGAAGGACUCUUACUUUCAGCCCAGCAUCCCCUUUACCUGCACAGGCAAAGUUGCUGGCCUGCUCAGUCACCGCGUCAUGAUUCAUCCCCCAGGCUCCGACCGAGACUAUGUCUUUAUCGUCGUCCCGGAUUCUUGGACUUUUCUCGAUAAGGCCACCAGCACUGCGGCUGCCUCGUCCUCGGCUAUCUCGACACCACUAAAGGAAAACCGUCCUCCGCUUCGGCCGCUUUCCGGGAUAUACUCGCUGCCUCUUACUCCGUGGCAACACCUGGUACCCUCCCGCCAAGUCCUCCACCUUCGGCUUUAA